AUGGCUAGGCCAUUUCUGUUUUGCAAAAUCGGGAAUGGUACAUCGGCUUUCUUUUGGCAUGAAAACUGGACGGGUCUUGGUCCUUUAAUUGAUCUUACUGGAGCAAACGGCCCUAGAGUUUCUGGAAUACCAAGAUUGGCUACGGUGGCGCAAGCUUGUCAUGGUAACAACUGGCUUCUACCUCGAGGACGACAUUCAAUCAUUGUUCUCCUCAAGGAUUKCUUACCUCUGGUUCCAUUGCAAAGUUCUUCUAUUYAGGAUGAGUUCUUGUGGAAAAAUUCGACCUCCUCGGAACCAGGUCAGUUCUCCGCCUCUCUAACAUGGAAUGCAUUAAAUCCGGGACUUGGUUUAGUUGAUUGGAAGAAGGUUGUUUGGGUCCAUGGAGGCAUACCAAAGCAUUCUUUUAUGAUGUGGCUGGUUAUGCGAGAUAGACUCACUACUYGRGACAGAUUAUUAAGAUGGGGGUUGCAGGUACCUUCGGGCUGUCUUCUUUGUGAUGAACCAAGUGAGACAAGGUUGCACCUUCUAUUUUCUUGCCCUUUUUCCACUCAGAUUUUACGAAAUAUUUUUGUGCAUAGAUCGCUAUCACCUCCGCUCUGUCUUCAGGAUACGRUUAAUUGGGUCCAGAAAGCUUCAAAUUCAGGGAGGGUUAAUCACAUUUGCUUGAUGGCUCUUCAAGCAGUGGUUUAUGAGAUAUGGAGGGAGAGGAACUCUCGGGUUCAUUCUGAGGUUUUUAAACCAGUGGCUACAAUUACAAAGGGGAUCAGAGUUACUAUGAGGAAAAAACUAUAUGCCUUGGAUAGGCUGGAGAAGGAAGCUUCAGGUCUUACGGCGGUGGAUUCCUUCCUUUCUCUUUGGUUUCACUUCUUCGAAUUUUUCAACUCCUCUGCAACGAGUUAG